GCCAAAUUAUUCUGUCAGUCCUGUCAUGUCAACAAUAUUGUGGUUUGAGAAUCGGUUUGUGUAUUUAUAUAUGUUUAUUUAGCUCAUAAUAGUUUUAAUUCUCACUAGAGUGAUUAUCCUUAUAUCAAUACGUAUUGUGCAAGUAUCAAAUAAUGUCAACUCCUUCAAAGAGACCCGCAUCGCGUGCCUCCUCAGAGGCGCCGACUCCUUCACGUAGAACAAGGUCUUCGCAACAACUGGUUGUCCCGGAAACUCCUCAACGAUCUUCUGGAACACCCUCAAAAAAUGGGACACCUGGCACUCCCAGAGGGACUCCACGCACUCCGGGGGCACAAAUUCCUGGGACAUCACCUGCCCGUACCUUAGCAUCAAGUCCACUUGGUACUGACAUAGACCUCAGCUCCCCACUGAACUAUGGCACACCAAGUUCAUUGAGCACCCCUCGCUCCCUCAUGAGGGGAGCAAUGACCCCAGCACGACAGCGAGCCGACCUCCGAGGACAACAAGUGGCCGGUCGCCAUGUGCCUGCCCCUACACCCACCAGGAGGGUAGAUGAUCCCACUGUGGAGCCAUCAAGUGAACCGCAGUUGGUAGUGUGGGGCACUGACGUGGCGAUCGCGGAGUGUCGCGACAAGUUUGUUAAGUUCAUACAGAGGUAUGUGGAGCCCGAUGCAGUCACGAAUGAGCCCUUGUAUGAGCAGAAGUUGGAAGAGAUUCACACACUAGAGGAGCCGUUCAUGGAUGUGGAUUGUGAGCAUGUCAAAGCUUUUGAUGCUAAGCUCCAUCGGCAACUUGUGAGCUACCCUCAAGAGGUGGUGCCCGCGUUCGACGCGGCCGUGAACGAGAUGUUCUUCGAGAAGUACCCGGCCGCUGUGCUGGAGCACCAGAUACAGGUGCGGCCCUACAACGCGCCUCGCCGGCACAUGAGGGACCUUAACCCUGAAGACAUCGACCAACUGGUAACGAUCUCCGGCAUGGUGAUCCGCACGUCGGGCAUCGUGCCGGAGAUGCGCGAGGCGCUGUUCAAGUGCGCGGUGUGCGGAGCCGCCGCCAGCGCGGAGCUCCAGCGCGGCCGCGUACCCGAGCCCGCGCAUUGUGCGCACUGCAACACCGCGCACUGCUUCCAGCUCAUACACAACAGGUCGCACUUCAGCGACAAGCAGCUGGUGAAGCUGCAGGAGUCCCCGGACGACAUGCCGGCCGGACGCACCCCGGCCACGGUGAGCGUGGUGUCGCACGGCGCGCUGGUGGAGGCGGCGGCCGCGGGCGAGCGUGUGGCCGUCACGGGCGUAUUCCGCGCCGCGCCCGCCGCAGUGCACCCUCGCAAGGCCACUCUCAAGGCUCUGCACAGAACACACCUCGACGCCCUGCAUUACUCCAAGGUGCACAGUGACAGGCUGCUGGAGACUGAAGAGGGCAAAGAACACCGCUUCCCACCUGAACGCAUAGAACUAUUCAAAGCGUUAGCCUCACAACCAGACUCGUACGAGCGAAUGGCGCGCGCCAUCGCACCCUCCAUUUAUGAAAACCUGGAUAUCAAGAAGGGAGUACUCUUGCAACUGCUGGGCGGGACCAAGAAAAACUUCAAUGCUGCUGGCAGAACACAUUUUAGAUCCGAGAUCAACAUCCUGCUGUGCGGCGACCCGGGCACCAGCAAGUCGCAGCUGCUGCGCUGGACGCACGGGCUGGUGCCGCGCGCGCAGUACACCUCGGGCCGGGGCUCCUCGGCCGUGGGGCUCACGGCCUACGUCACCAAGGACCCCGACACCAGGCAGCUGGUGCUGCAGACAGGCGCUCUAGUGCUGGCCGACAACGGAAUAUGCUGUAUCGACGAGUUCGACAAAAUGAAUGACUCCACUCGCAGUGUCUUACAUGAGGUGAUGGAGCAGCAGACGUUGUCGAUCGCGAAGGCGGGCAUCAUCUGCCAACUCAACGCCCGCACCUCCAUCCUCGCGGCCGCAAACCCCGCCGAGUCGCAGUGGAACAAGAACAAAACUAUUGUCGAGAAUGUGCAGUUGCCGCACACUCUUAUGUCCAGGUUCGACCUGAUAUUCCUAGUGCUGGACCCUCAGGACGAGGUGUUCGACCGCCGGCUGGCGUCUCACCUCGUGUCGCUCUACUACAAGGAUCCCGCGGACGUACAGCAAGACGAGGAUGUUGUGGACAUGUCGCUGAUGCGGGACUACAUCGCGUUCGCGAAGGACCACGUGCAGCCCACGCUCAGCGACGCCGCGCAGCAGAGGCUCAUCGACUGUUACGUCGAUAUGAGACGAGUGGGCAGCGGCCGCGGACAGAUAUCCGCGUACCCGCGACAGCUGGAGUCCCUCAUCCGUCUGGCCGAGGCCCGCGCGCGGCUGCGGCUGAGCGCCAGCGUGGAGCUGGAUGACGUCGAGGAGGCUGCACGACUCCACCGCGAAGCCCUGAAGCAGUCGGCCACAGACCCGGCGUCGGGUCGCAUAGACGUGGGCAUCCUCACCACGGGGCUCGGCCUCGCCGCCCGUCGCCGCCGCGCCGACCUCCUCCUCGCGCUCAAGGACAUCAUCCAGCCUUAUAACAAGCCCUCCACUGUCACUCACGCUAAACUGCUGCAGGAGGUUAACGCUGCCGCGCAAAUUACGGUGUCCCGCGCACAGCUGGACGAAGCCCUGCGCGACCUCCAGGACGAAGGGAAGGUCACCGUCGUCAGCCACACGCAUAUCAGAUUGUGUUGAAGCUCAUUUCUUCUAUAGUCUAUAUUAUAUAGAGUAGAAAAAACGGAUAUAUUACCCAACUACAUUUUUUGACUUUGCAAUACAUCAGUAUUUCAUGAUAGAAAGAAUAUCAUUUAUUGACAAAAUAUUAAACAAAAAUUAGAACAUUCAUAGAACAAAUAUUUUUUCUACUCUUUAUAGACAAACAGUACCUAAUUGAGUUUAAUUUAUCUAUUAAGUUUAGUUAUUAAGUUUAAUGUUCAUUAUGUGAUUAUGCUGGUUUCAAUAAAUAUUUUUUUU